CGGAAGUGUAGCCGAUGUUGUUGAUCAUCUUCUGAGCUGCUUCUUGAUAAAACAACCGUGUUCUGUAACUCGUGUUACUGCUACUACUCCAGGGCCAGCAUGGUGUCCCACCGGCAGGCCCGCGUGUGGAGGUACGUGGAGGAAGGCAGUCUCCUGAAGCUGAAGUCGUACCUGCGGAAGCACCGAGAGCUGGACGUGAACUUCUCCCGGGGGAAGAGGCAGAGGAGCCCGCUGCACCUGGCCUGCUCCCUGGGGGACGACGCGGUGCUGCGGCUGCUGCUCAAACACGGGGCCGACGUGCUCCGGAGGAACCGCAGCGGGGACACGGCGCUGCACGUAGCGGCGGGCAGGGUGCUCAAACACGGACGGACUGCUCACGAUGAUCUGGUCGUGCCUCUCCAAAAAGCAUGUCCUGAAGCUUUAAUGGCCCCAAACAGAGCUGGAGUGACACCACAAGACCUGCUGGACUGGACCACACAUUCAAAGACUGCAGAUAACACCAACCGUCCAGCAGAAGCAGACGCCGAGAGGCAAUGGCAGGAGAAGCUGUUUGGUGAAUGCCUGGAUGAAUUUUCUGAAACUUUUGGAGUAUAUGAUGCUGAUGAUUUUCUCCCUGUUGAUGACGAUGACGAAGAGUUUGGAGACUGGGCCGAUCGUAUCAGAAAAGAGUACUUUGAAAAGAAACACGCUGAAGCUCAAAGACUUGCAUCGUCUUCAAGAUCGAAAAAGUCGAAAAAGCGAGAAGAGGAAAAGGAAAGCCAUAAGGAGCUGCAUGAACGGCUGCAAAGAGAACAUGAGGAGUAUUUGGCUCGAGCAGCACGUAAAGAGGAAGAAACUCGGCAGGGAAGGAAACGUCAGUAUGAUGAGAAGUGUGCUUCUACUUUUAAUGGUUCUUCCUCAUCAGAGAACACAAAGCUGAGCUACAGUGACAUCCCCUGGCCAGCUCCGAGAGGCACAGUUCAGGAGAUGGUGGAUGUGAUGCUGCACGGCCUGGAUCGAAAAAAUGUGGGGGAGUUUCGCAAAGCUCUAAAGAAGCAGCAAGUGCUUUGGCAUCCAGAUAAAUUUGCCCAACGAUGUGAAGCUCGGUUAUUGGAGAAGGACAAACAGCGCAUCCUGGAUACGGUCACAGCUCUGUCUCAGGAGCUUAACAGACUGGCUCAGACGUGUCGGGCCACAGCUCUGUGAUGAACAUUUGCCCUUUGUGGCACAGCAGAAUCUUAGGGCUUAGAAAUCCU